GGGAUUUCUUAACAAUGGAGGCAAGCACCGAGGUUGCUUCAGAGAAUGUUGAGCUCAAUAAAGAGGAAAGAAACAGAGAGAGAAAAAGAGAGUUCUUAACAAUGGAGGCAAGCACCGAGGUUGUUUCGGAGAAAGUUGAGCUCAAGAAAGAGGAAGUCAAGAACAAGAGCAACAACAACAAUAACAACAAAAACAAAGAGGCAGCUCCUGUUACUAAUGGUGAAGUUAUUAAUGCUGCCGCUGCUGCUGUUACUACUAAUGACUUUUCAGCUCAGAUCAAGAAGAAGAAGAACAAGAACAAGAACAAGAAAAAGAAGAAGAGCAACACUCGCAUUCAAGUCUCCAACACCAAGAAACCCUUCAUUUUCUACCUCAAUCUUGCCAAGAGUUACAUAAAGCAGUACAAUAAUAUUGAACUCUCAGCCUUGGGCAUGGCCAUUCCUACUGUUAUCACAAUUGCUGAGAUUCUGAAACGAGAUGGACUAGCUAAUAACAAGGAGGUGAAAAUAUCUACGGUGGACUCGAAGGAGGAUCAUAGAGGUUCUUUCAUUCAGAAACCUAAGAUCCAAGUCAUUCUGGGAAAGGCUGAGACCACAACUGCUGCUGAUGCUGCCACAGCACCUAAGGUGGAAUCUGAUAAGCAGGCCUGAUUAAGCAGUUGCAUAAGAAUUCCUUUUCCGCAGUCUACUGUAUAAAUGUUCUUUUUCAGUUAUAUAAGUUCUUAAUAGAGACGUAUAUAUACCCAUUAGUACUUGGAGUUGCUACUAGGUGAUCUGCUAACAUGAUGAUUUGAUUGAGAUGGAGACAAUUUAGUGGAGCAGAUCUUGUGAAGCCUAGUAUCUCUAUGUGUUUUCUAUUGUAGUGUUGUCAUUUUCAUGUUCGAGUGUUGUUGAGAUAUAACGUACAGAACCGUGUUAUUCACGUUGGAUUUGUAAUGUUUCAUUUUACU